GCCGCCUCCCAUUUCUCCGGGCAUGCCGCCGCAGCACAGGUACGAGGUGCUCAUGGAGGCCGGCCGCCUCGCCGCCGAGUACCUGGUGGCGAAAGGCGUGCUCCCGCCCGCGUCCCUGCAGCGCGGUGUCGGCAGCGCCGGAUGGAGCCAGAUGCCGCCUCCACUGCAGGACGCCCCUGCGUUCUACGACUCCCGCCGGAACGGCCGCCAGCGGCUCGACGACGAGUACAGCGAGCCUAACCCCCGCUCGCGGCGGAACAAUGGUGGGGAUUACAACAGCGGUAGCUACAAUGGGAGGGGGAAGAGGAAGUUCGGUGCUUACAAUAGGAGUUCAGAUUGGGGCCAGGAUAGAGAGAGGAGUACUAGGGGUUACUUGGAUAGCCGGAAUUACGACGACGGUGACGAUGAGGAGGAUUCGGCUCCUGGGUAUAGGAGGGAGCGGCGCGGGAGUGGGGUGGUUGAUGACAUUGGGAGUAGCUUGUCCGGGGUGGCUGGGGAGGGACCUGCUUCAAAGGUGGAGGCUGUGGGAGAGUCAGAGCUGGAGGAUACUGGGUCGAAGGUGAUCCCUAACAGCAAUGGCAUGACAGGUGUUGAUGCCCUGCAGGAUGCGGAUGAUUCUAACAAGAUGCAGGAGGAUAGUAAGGUGUCCAGUUCAGUGGUCUUGGAGCAAGGGGCGAACGGGGAGAGUAUUCUUAAUCAUUCUUCUCCUAGUGUUGAUGAGGAGGGAGAGAUAAAGCAUUCGCCGUUGCGCUCAGAUGAUGACAAGGUUUUGCCCGACAAGCCUGAUGGUAGUGCUAGUAUUAUGGACGAGAGGGCUGAAUGUGACAAGGCUUCGGAUGAGAAGGCUGAAGAUAAGGCUUCUGAUGAGAAGGUAUCAAGCGUUCAGAAUGAUCUCAGUGAUGAUUGCCAGAACUUGCUUAGCCACUGUAGUUUUGCAAGAGCCCCAACAAGACCACGAUCAGUACUUGCGCCUAGGAAUGGAGCACCGGCCCAUAGAGAUGCUGCAUUGGCCGAACAGGUAGAUCUGGCUCCUCCGACGCUGAUCGAUGAAGUAGCAAGUGGCAGCUCGUUGACUGACGUUCAGGGAGACAAUAAAGAUGGCCUUGUUUGCCUGGAACACACUGACCCAAGUAUUGCUUGCAAUCAAAUGGUGGAACAAGCGACUCUCCAAGAAAAAGAAACGCAAGAUAUGAGAGAAAAGAAUAAUACUGCACAACAUUACGUGGUUCAGGAAGUUAAGGAGCACGAUGGGCUAUAUCCUACGUUGGCCUCUCAUCAAGAUUGCAUGAAGCUUCAAAUCAGGGAAGGGGUGCAAAUUUACAAUAUUGAUACACCGCCACAAGAUGAAGACUUGACUGAUUCAGCUGAUAAAGGGAAAACAGUUUGCGUGGAAUUAUUACCUAAUAUCGGAGCUGAAGCUGUUGUCAAAAUGGAAGAGGAAAAGCUUGGUCAAUCUAGCUCGUUUAAAAUACGUGAUCUGAACCUGAUUGGUAGUCCAGAGAAUGCUGAGAUACGACAUGAUCUUGGUUUUGGCCAAUGCUCCACUAAUGUAUCUUCAGUGGAAACACGCAAUCAGCAGCAUUUGGACUUUGUAGCAUCUAUGGAUAAUGCAAGUAAUACUGACAUGUAUUCCCACAUCCCGUUGGAUGAUAAGGUUGUUAUUGAUAUCGAAGAUGACUCGCCAAUCGAACCUAGUGUUUGUGACACUACAAGAGCAGAAAGCGGGAUAGUAUACUCAAGCAUAGAUACUAUGAUGCACCCUGCUGUGAACACCAACAUUUUUCCUGGUUUGCAAGAUGAUUAUAAUCUUGCAAUUCCAGAUUUCCUUGGUGCUGAUAUGCCAUGUUAUCCACCAAUACAAACAGAUGUUCAUGCUGAGAUGGGCCUAAACGAGUCAGAGGUCAUCACUGUCAUGGAUGAUCCAAUAUAUGGUUCUCUCACUGAUAUUGGUAAUUGA